AUGGCCGUUCUGUUGAUUUCCACAUUGUUGUUACUAAUUUCCUCCUCGUCCAACCAUUGGGUUUGCUCCUCCUCGUACGUAGAAGACGCGUGCAGCGUGACAAGGUACCAGGAUCUCUGCAUACGCUCCCUGUCCUCCUUCUCCCGUACCGCCAAGUCCAGCCCAAGCAAGUGGGCUCGGGCUGGGGUGUCGGUCACCCUGAGCGAGUCCAAGAACACGACCCAGUUCCUGGUCCGGAUGCUCCAGGACAAGGAGUUUUCUGGACCAGGAACUAAUAGAAAUCGAAUCGCUCUGUCAGAUUGCGUCGAGUGCUUCAGAGAAGCAGUCGACGAGCUUCAUCGGUCCUUGGCACUUCUCAGGAACCUCCUCGACGGUGCCGCCGAUUUCGAAGCCCAAAUGGCCGACCUGACCACGUGGGUCGGGGCCGCCCUCACCGACCAAGACACGUGUCUGGACGGCUUUCGGGAUCGAGAGCAGGUGUCGGUUAAGAGUAAGAGUAAGAGUAGUAUGAAAAUGGUGAGGAGACGAGUGCGGAGAGUGGGCUACAUUAUGAGUAAUGCUCUGGCUUUGAUUACUAGGCUAGCAUCCGCUGGCUUAGCCUGA